AUGAUGUUUAUGGAAUGUGCAAAAUAUGAGAGAAUUGAGACUAAAAGAUCUUUAAUUCUUGACGUGGAUACUAGAUGGAAUUCCACCUAUCAAAUGCUAGAAGUGGCGGAGAAAUAUGAAAGAGCAUUUGAUAUGUAUGAUACACAAGAUCCUAGGUAUAAAAAACAUCUCAAGUCGGGCAAUGUUGAUGGAAGGCCUACAAGUCAAGAUUGGGACCUAACAAUUUUUUUGCAUGAGAAAUAUGCCGUUCAUGCCAUCUUGAAUGAAUGGACAUAUGGUGUUGAUGAUCAAAUGGUUAGUAUUGGAUGGGAGAUGUUGGCGAAGUUUAACAAGUAUUGGGGUGAUCCAACCAAAAUGAACAAUCUUUUAUUCAUUGCGGUGGUAUUUGAUCGAAGGCACAAGUUACAAUUUGUGGUGUAUAUGCUAAAGCACAUGUAUGGAGAAGAGGUAGGGGGAAUGAUUAGAAAGUCUUUGAAAGAAACAUUGUAUAAAAUGUUUAAUGAGUACAAAUCUAAAAUGUCUAAGAACAACGAAGGAGAUGGGGCUAGAGAGAAAAGAAGAGAUGACAACAUUGGCCAAGUGCAUCCAUCUCAAUUGUUGAGGAUGCAAUUUGAGAAAGAUAUUGGAAUGAUUUCAAGUGAUGGGAGUGCAUCGGAUUUGGAAGAAUAUUUGAGUGAAAAACCAAAGACAUUUGUGGAUUCCGAUGGGUUUGAUAUUUUAGAGUGGUGGAAAAACAAUUCGGCAAGAUUUCUCGUUUUAUCUCAAAUGGCUCGGGAUGUUUUAGCUUUUCCAAUAUCCACGGUAGCUUCGGAAUCGGCAUUUAGCACGGGUGGUAGAGUUCUUAAUGAUUUUAGGAGUUCUCUAACACCUAAAAUGUUUGAAGCACUUAUAUGUGCUCAAGAUUGGAUGAGACACGCCGUAAAAGCUAUAAGUGUUGAAGUGGAUCCCGAGGAAAUGAAACAACUUGAUGAAGCACUAGAGAAAAUGAAUGUUGAUGCAAGUUCAACAGCGGUAUCAACCACUGGAGCAAGUCAGGCAACUUAA